GCCUGGCGCUGAGCGGCGGCGGCGGCGGCCGAGACGCGGGCAUGGCGGGCGCCGGCGGCGAAGCCCGCUUCGCGGGGCUGUCGCUGGUGCAGCUCAACGAGCUGCUGGAGGACGAGGGGCGGCUGGCGGACAUGGUGCAGGGGAUGGAGGAGACACAGACUGUGCAGCUCAACAAAGAAAUGACGCUGGCCAGCAACCGCAGCCUGGCGGAGGAGAACCUGCUGUAUCAGCCCCAGCUGGACACUCGCAAAGCGUGCCUGACCCAAAAGUACCAGGAACUCCAGGCUCUCUUCGAAGCUUACCAGAUAAAGAAGACCAAACUGGAUAAACAGUCUAGUAGUGCUUCCUUGGAGACUCUUCUUGCACUUCUUCAAGCGGAAGGGGCCAAGAUCGAGGAAGACACUGAGAACAUGGCUGAGAAGUUUCUGGAUGGAGAGCUCCCCCUCGACGCCUUCAUUGACGUCUACCAGAGCCAGCGCAAGCUGGCGCACGUGCGGCGGGUGAAAGUGGAGAAGCUGCAGGAGCUGGUGAUGCGGGCGCCGAGGCUCCCGCAGGCCCCGGCGCCCCUGCCCCGCGUGCCCGAGCCCGCCCCGGCCGCCCCGCUGCCCUACGCCGGCCUCCAGGACGGUGCGCCCGCGGGCGCCGCGCCCCGCCGCCUGCCCCCGCCACCGCCCGCGCCCGCGGGACGCCUGGCCGCGCCGCUCCCCGCCGCGCCCUACCCGGGGCUCCCUGGCCCGCCUCUGCCGCCCCGCGUGGGGCUCCCCGCCCCGCAGGGCUUCCCUGCCCAGCUUGGGUCGCCCUACCCGCCGGCACUCCCGCAGAGGCCGCCGCCCCGCCUGCCGCCGCCCCAGCCCGGCUUCAUCCUCCAGUGAGCCCGGCUCGCCGCCCGCGCCCCUCAGGCUGUAGGUCCGGGUGAGUAGAGGUAGAGGUAGAGGCCCAGCGUGCGCCGAGGGAGCUGCGUGGCCGGGGUCCAAGUCCCACACGGUCUGCGAACUCGCGGUUGGGGAGAGGUCGUCCGCUCCACCCCGGGCCGCGUCUCUGGCCACAGCUUGUCUCAUGAGCAUGGUUAAUUCUCUUUUCAUGUUAAAAGCGCCGCUGCAGCCCUGGCUGGGGCUGGUGUGUGCCAGCGGCCUGUGUGUGCCAGCGGCCUGUGUGCGCCAGCGGCCUGGCCUGGUGCGCAGCGGAGCCAUGUGCAUGCGGCCUGUGUGUGCCAGCGGCCUGGCCUGGUGCGCAGCGGCCUGGCCUGUGUGUGUCAGAGGCCUGUGUGUGCCAGGGGCCUGGCCUGGUGCUCAGCAGUGCUGUGUGCGUGCGGGCAGAGCCCCGCGGACACCUCCCUCCCGGCCGCCCUGGGCUCUCGUGGAGCCCGCGGGAGGAGGCAGCGCGAGCUGGACGCCCAGCGCCGUCCUGCCUUUGUGAAGACCCCACUGUGCUGUGCGUUCGCUUAGCGCAGCUGUUUUCUGUGGGAAGAGACUCCUUUUGCUUACGGCCAUUCAGGGAAACUUUUUAAAGCACGCGACCGACUGUUUCGAGCAGACUGGAAUGCAAGCAUGCCCGGUGCCCCGCAGGCGCCUGUGCUGUGCCUUAGAUUCACCGGUGCCCGCCAGGUGCUGGCUCCACGGCCCACAGGCCGAGCGGGGCGGGCCCACGCUCCUGGAAGCGGAAGUCCUCCUCUGCCCCCUCCCACCAGGACACGCUCUGCCUCUGGUGCACGGGCGGCCGGGGCUCCGGGUGGGUGUCGAGGGUUUGGAGGAGGGCCCCCACUCCACGGGACCACAGCUCCCCUCCCUGCCCGGAGCCGGGUGCACAAUUGGAGGGCCCGGCCUGGGGUGGGGGGGGGGGGAUGCUAUACCCGUCCAGCUAGGCCCCGCCCUCGCCCAUCACCUGCCAGCCCGACAGGGCCAGGUGUGUGAUGGGCCACCAGCUGGCUGCCACCCAGGAACACAGCUGAUCCUGGGCUUGUCCCAGAGGCCAUGGGCAGGGCCGUCGGCCUUUGUCCCCUGCUCCUGCGCACACCCUGCGCCUGGACGUGAACUCUGACGGUGUGAGGAAACCAAGCCGUUUGUGACACUCCACUGCCAUGCAAUCAAAUGGGUGUGCUACGUUCUGCAUCUCAGGGGGGCAGUGCCACCUCUGCUCCGUCCACUGCCGGCCGCACGCCACGGCCAAAGCCAGCGCGGUGUGGAUGAGACUGCCGCGCAGGCCGCGUCUGCCGCUGGCCGCCAAGCUGUCAGCCCUUUUGAAUAAAUGGAGAAUUGGUA